AUGGACGCCUUUGAUUUAUUCCGAAAACUCGGAUCUGGGGCGAAAUUUGACCUGAAAAGGUUUGGUCAAGAUGCAGCAAGAUUUAAGAUGCAAAGAGCCAAAGGAGCAGACGCCUCAGAUCCUCUUGCUACCAUCGACUACUUUGGCAAAGAUUCGGUCAGACAGCCGCAGGUGGACAAUGAAGAUGAGGCUGAGAAUCAACAUGAAGAAAGUGAUGCUGGAGUGAAGAGGAGGAGAAAAGAAGAGUGGGAUCAGCCCAAACCAAACAAGAAAAAGAAAAAGAAGAACAUGGAAGGUGUAGCUCUAUGUGAGCCCAACACAGUUGCUGAUGGCGAGGGAAUUUCUUGGACAUCGAAUUUGGACAAGAGGAUUCAAACGCUGCCAAGUGGGGAUAAAGAAAAGACCUCCCUCAAAAGACUAAAGCAUCUUCAUCAGGAGAAGGUGAAUCGUGUUCGCUCCCAACAUCGUAUAAAUGUACAUGGCUGUGACGUCCCUGAUCCCGUGUGUACGUUUGAGGAGCUUCAGUCCGAAUACCGGCUUCAUUCACGUAUACUUCAGAACCUCACAGAUGCAGGCCUUGAUUCCCCCACAGCCAUCCAGAUGCAGGCGAUACCUCUGAUGAUGCAUGGUCGCGAAGUCUUGGCGUGCGCCCCGACUGGAUCUGGAAAGACUUUGGCGUUCUGUUUGCCGCUGCUCACACACUUACAGCAACCAGCCAACUUGGGCUUCAGAGCUGUGGUCAUCUCUCCAACUAGAGAGCUGGCCAGUCAGACUUACAGAGAGCUACUUCGCUUGUCAGACGGAGUUGGAUUUAGAGUUCACAUUAUUGAUAAAGCGUCCUUAGCGGCAAAAAAAUACGGGCCUCAAUCCAACAAAAAAUACGAUAUUCUUGUCAGUACUCCAAACAGAAUAAUCUACCUUCUAAGUCAGGAUCCUCCAGCUCUGGAUCUCAGCAGUGUGGAGUGGCUUGUCGUGGAUGAGUCCGAUAAACUAUUUGAAAGUGGCAGGAGUGGAUUCAGAGAGCAGCUCGCUACUAUCUUUCUGGCCUGUUCUGGUCCAAAGGUGCGCAGAGCCUUCUUCAGUGCCACUUGUACUCCGGAUGUCGAGCAGUGGUGUCGUCUUAACCUCGACAACUUGGUGACAGUCAACAUAGGACACAGGAAUACAGCUGUGGAGACGGUGGAACAAAAGCUGCUGUUUGUCGGUAGCGAGGAUGGAAAACUAGUGGCUAUGAGAGACAUUAUUAAAAAGGGUUUCUUGCCUCCGAUGUUAGUAUUUGUCCAAUCUAUAGAUCGAGCACGAGAGCUUUUCCACGAGUUAGUCUAUGAAGGCAUUAAUGUUGAUGUAAUUCAUGCAGACCGCACACAACAGCAGAGAGACAAUGUAGUGAACAGUUUUCGUUCGGGUCACAUCUGGGUCUUGAUAUGUACAGCAUUGCUCGCCCGAGGAAUUGACUUCAAAGGUGUAAACCUGGUGCUGAACUAUGACUUUCCCACCAGUGCUGUGGAGUACAUCCAUAGAAUAGGUCGUACGGGAAGAGCUGGACAUUGUGGAAAGGCAAUAACAUUUUUUACAGAGAAUGAUAAACCUCUUCUGCGCAGCAUUGCCAAUGUUAUUAAACAAGCUGGCUGUCCUGUCCCUGACUACAUGAUUGGUUUCAAGAAGAUUCACAGCAAAGUAAAGAGACAACUUGAGAAGAAACCUCCCAAGAGAAGCACCAUUUGUACAACUCCACGCUUUAUGAUGAAGAAAAAGCCUAAAUCCACCCAGAAAGAAAAGAAAGGAGCAGGGGUCAAGCAUAAGGUGACAGAUGGCAACACAAAGAAAAAACAACAACAUAUGAGGAAAGGGAAAAACACUGAAAAUGAGCCCAAGAAGAACUCAAAGAAAAUGGGGUCAAGUCCAGGAACAAAAAACAAUAAAAAGGAAAAGAUGCCACUGAAAACCUAG